AUGGCAAAUCCACAACAACAAUAUCCAUACGGCGCCCGUAUUCCUUCUGGCCAGCCCAUGCUCUCAAACCCAACCGUGCAGCAAUCCCAACUGCUCAAUCAAUAUCAGCUGCAGAUGCGGGCGCACGCUGCCAAUGCCGCUGCCGGUAUGGGUCAUCAACCCCAGGGGAUGUCACAGCAGUUUACCGGUAAUCCCUCCAUGGCCCAACCGGGGAUGAUGCAAAUGCAUCAGCCGCUUCAGCCACAACACUCGGGAGACGGUAUGGGUCAUAUGGCGGGUAUGCAGAUGAAUCCAUCUGGAUAUCCGGGGAGGAUGCCUGGUCAACCUGGAUACCCGAAUCCGAUGAUGGGUGCCACGGGCGGACAACCUUCGAUGGCGAAUCCCGGGAUGCAAAUGCAGUAUAUGCAGCAGCCUCCGUCCAUGUAUGCUCAGCCUGGAGGUGCACAAAUGAUGGGUGCUCCUGGGCAAAUGGCCAUGAAGCAAUACCCAAACCCCGGUGCUGGAUACCCUCAACAAGCUUAUGGACAAUAUGGAGCAAUGGGUAUGUCCUAUGGACAACGUCCUCCGACUGCGCCCGGCAUGGGUGCACCUCUACCGCCUGGAGCGACCCCGCAACAACCACAGCAGUCGCUACCAACGUCUAUGAACCCACUCUACGCCCAAUCGACACAACCUAACCCGCAGAUGAUGAGCAAUUAUAUGCAAGCCGCUCCUGGAUCGAAUCCCUCGCAGCCCACGCGUACAACUCAACCCAACGCCCAACCAUCGACGGCACAUUCGACAUCUGGAACGCCCGCACCGGCAUCCCAGCAGCCAGGCCAGCAACCGCAAAAUGGCACCAUCUCCGGACCUGGACGACCUCCGUCCGCGAUGGGUGGCAUUCAUCAACCAAGGCCAAUGAUGCCUGGUACAGUCCCUAUGCAAGGGUCGAUGGGAGGACCACCAACGCCUGUUUCACGCUCUCAGCCAUCUGCCCAAGCUAUGCGCGCUCCGACGCCACAACAGCGUACCCAAACACCACAACAGCAGCAGCAACAACAGCAAGGUGUUUCUCAGCCAAAUGGGUACCCGAUGCAAGUGUCCAUGACGAUGCCAAUGAACAUGGGUGGCGCUGGAGGGAUGCAAAUGCCAAUGACGGGAUUGACGCCUCAACAAGUGAUGCAGAUACAGUAUCGCCAACAACAGCAACAGCAACAGCAUCGUCGCUCGCAGGAUAUGGACAUGACUGGUCCCUCUGUUGCCAUUCCAUACACGACUGGAACGCCUUCCCAGCAUGGACCAUCGAGCGCAGGCACUCAACAGUUUUCGCCAGCGAAUGCGAAUCCAAACGUUCCCCAGACGCCAGCGACACCGGCAUCUGCACCGGGUGCUCCACGUUCUGCCUCUGUCGGACGCGAACCGACGCCGACGCUCACUCCUCAGUCGGCCCAUGCGACGACGAUGGCGCCACCAGGUAUGGGAGGAGGGCAACAACAACAACAACAACAACAACAACAGCCGGGAUCUUCGUCGACUCCUACGUCUGCGACGGCCACUCAGGGUUUCAAUCGACCUCCAUCUGCAGCUGGUUCCGCGAGUGGUUCGACGGCGGUGAAUACGAGUGGGAUGAUGCCGCCUCCUCCGCCUGGUUCUCAAAUUGGGAUGUCGUCGUAUCCGGGUAUGCAGCCGAGUGCGACUGGUGGAAUGGGACCUCCGCCUACGCCAUUGGGUGGAAUGAUGCCCGGUGGGAUGGGUAUGAUGAGGAACGACCCAUCGGCGUUGACGCAGCUUCAAAUGCUUGGUCAACAGGUCGGCAUGGGGGGUGUAUCGACGGUUGCACCUGGCAUGUUUGCUACACCUACGCCCGGUGGACAACCGACUCAGCAGACGCCAACACCACAAACGCCAUCGCAUCCGGGUCCUCCUCAAGCUCAACUCCCUGGUGGCAUGUCGAUCCCUGGAACGAUGGGGAUCAAUGGUGUCCAGCCUGGUCAACCACCGUUUGGUGCUGGCGCGACAAAUCUUCGUCAGGUUACAGGUGGACUUGGACCUGCGCCUCUUGCGUCGCUUCAACCGAAUCCACGUAUGCCGCCUGGAACGGCUCCUCCUGGUGCUCCCGGUGCUGGUGCUCCGUAUGGUGGUGCACCAUUGACGGCGUCUGGACCGAUGAGCAUUGGUGCACCGAUGAUGAUUCCGAAUGUGAACAAUCCCAUCGCCAUGGCACGUCAUGCACGACCUGGUGGUGUCCCUGGUCAAGUCGUCCCACCUUCGUCUUCGGGAUCUGGCGCUGGUGCGGUUGUAUCUGCUCCAGGAACGUCUGCAUCAGCUGCUGCUGCUGCUACUGCUACUGCCGUUGCCCCGCCAGUUCCACCUGCACCACAGAACAUUGCCGAACGCACCCUUUCACCGCGUCAGAGGGCCGCUCUCAUCCCAAGUCUCGCGCGAAUCACGCCCGUGCCCGCCGAUGAUCCAGAACACCCACUCAGCGAGACACUGCCGGAUUUGACAAAAGAGGAGAUUGAGAAUGUGCACGAGUGGAUCGAAAAGGACCGAGCGUAUGAGAUUGAGUAUCGCAAGAUGAAAGAGGCAAUGGGACGCGAGCUCAAAGAGGCCUUUUCGAAUGCGCCCAAUGAUCACCCACUUCGUGCGUCUGGAGUUGGUGUUGGUGUGACGGGCUCCAAGAUUCGGUGGUUCGAAAAGGACUAUCGAGAAGACGCGCGCAAGGAUCAUAAACCGCCCCAUUAUGCGCUCUUGUGGCCUCAUCGGAAGCGUGAAGAGAAAAAGUCCAAGUUUAGUCGCUUGGGUCGCCAGCCCGUGUUUUUGCCAAAGAAGGUGGACCCAGAAGCGGUGAGCAAGCAAGAAAUGCUGGUCCCUGUGCGAAUCGACGUCGACAUUGGAGAUGGGUACAAUCGCUUGCGAGACACGUUUGUCUGGAAUGCCAAUGACCCAUAUGUCACCCCAACCGUGUUUGCACAAACACUCUGCGACGAUUUUGCCAUUGGAUUCGGAUUGGGACAAGCCAGCGAGAGUGCACGCAGAAAGUUUAUCGAUCAAGUCGUCUCGAGCAUUCACGAACAGAUUACGGAUUACAAGAAUCAUCGCGUGGAGAUUGAGGCAAAUACGACCAAGCCUUCGACUGCUGCUGUACCACCGUCUACAUCUGGUACCCCGCUCCCAAUCCAUAGCAAGCCCAUAUCGACGAUUGGAGGAUUGACGGUCAAUGGUCUCGGCAGGGAAGCCUCUCGAUCGCGGUCCGCUACGCCUCUUCCUGGCGAACGGGAAAAGAGCGAGAAACCGAUAUCGGCCAUCAAAAAGCGCGCCUCGUUUGUCGAUAGUGGCAUUGGCAAGAAGCGACAUCGACCCGCAAACGAUGGCCCAAGCGGUGUCGGCAAGUUUGAGGAAGAGGACGAGGUGCAGUGGUGGGAGCGAUGGCGCAAGCGAAUGCGCGCUCUUGAUGGCUCGGCCGUUCGAAAGUCCUCAAAGGCCAAAGUAGCUGGGGUUGGCAAGGCGGGUCGAAGCUCCAAGCCGGCGUUACGCGUAGGAGGACGAAAGUCCAAGGCGUCGUUGGCCAAUGGCUCGUCGUCCAAGAGUGUCAAGAUCGAAGCUGAAGAGGUCGACUUGAAGGUGCCAAUCGUGUCAGAGCCGGAUGAAUAUCAGCGCGAGCUGAUCUUUGUGGACGACGAAGAAAAGGAGCCAGCCGAUAACAUCAAUGAAGACUUGAGGAUUUUGAUCAAGCUUGAUAUUGCGUUUGGCGUUCGACGACUGGAGGAUCAAUUCGAAUGGGACAUUUCGGACAAGCGCAACUCGCCAGAGCAAUUUGCAGAGGUCUACUGUGUAGAUCUCGGCCUUUCUGGUGAAUUCAAGACGGCAAUUGCGCACAGCAUUCGCGAGCAAGUUCAAGUGUAUGAAAAAUCGCUCUACCUCGUUGGGCAUCCAAUGGACGGUACGACCAUUCAAGACGAGGAUCUUCGCCUGGCGUUCUUGCCCUCGUUGGCUUCGUGUAUUCGUCCGAUGGAUCAGAUUGCCGCCUACACACCCCAACUCGGAUUCUUCAACGAGGUCGAUCUAGAGAAGACCUUUGAGCGGGGAGGCCCGAGAAAGCGAAGGCAACCUCGUGGUCGAAGGGCAGGCGCAAUCCCAUUGCCAGAUCGCGAGCCUCUCAAGACGUUCCGUUCACCCAUGAUCGGUUUCCCCGAAGUUGAAAAGGAGACGCAGAACUAUGCGGCACCCCGUCGACAGGCUGCAGUGCAAGCAGAGCGCGCGAAUGCACAAAUUGCCGUCAUCGAGUCGGAACCGGACCUCAAACCUGCACCCUUCAUGGGCACAAUGGCUGCUACGCCACAACAACCCGGUCAACGACAAAUGUCUGCCCCAGCCAACGGCUCCAUGGCCCAACAGGCCAAACAGGAGCCUCCUAAAAAGGAUCGUCAAGAGCUCCUUCGCGGACCGCCUGUUGCAGCCCGCGUCUUGCGCUCUCGACCUGUACCCCCAAGUACUGCCGUCAAUCCUGAUGGACCCGUGCCAGAAUAUUUGCGCGGUCUGGAUGGAAAGGUCAAGGCUGGUGAGAAGAAGAAGACACUCUACAGAGAACGUGAGCUGCCAGAAGGUCUGCAUCCAAAUAUGAUCGACGGUGUAUGGCACUGUUCAAGCUGUGGAUGCCCAGAGGAAAUCGCCAUUGGUCGCCGUCAAGGACCGCUGGGGCCAAAGACGAUGUGUGGAGAUUGUGGGAAAUGGUGGCAUCGACAUCGCAAGCCGAUGGACAUCAUAUAUCGCACCGAUAAGGAAUAUCAUUUGGAGAGGCGGAAAAAAGAAGAUGAAUAUCGGCGCUUGAAGAAGAAGGGCGGUCUCAAGGCCGCGCAGGCGGCUGCUGCUGCCAUUGUCGACAGUCGCAACGCAGCAGCAGCGGCGGCAGCUCAGCGACAAAGCUCUAGCGCGAAUCAAGGACAGUCGGCGCCCUUGUUCACCACGGUGCCUCGACCGUUGAAUAACUCCAAGACAUCCAAGCAAGUCGUCCAUUCGCCUGAUUCGUCUCUGUCACCACCUCCUUUUACUCCACAGCCGACCAACUCGACUUUUGACAAGCUCCCAGAGCCUCCUCGUCCCGUUACGCCGACACCCCCUGCUCCUUUGAGACGGCAGACGUCGCAAACGAACGAUGAGCCUAAGCCACAAUGGCUUCUCGACGAGAUCGCGCGCUUGCAUGCCCAAUAUCUAGAUAGUUCCUUUUACGUGCUCCGAAAGCCAACCGACCCGAAUGUUGGAGACGGGACCAUCGAGUGGCGUGUCAAGUGCAAUGAUUGUCCACAAAAGGCUCAAGAGACAUUGGAAAACUUCGAGGUUCAUCUCAAGAACCGUCAGCAUCUCUACAAGAUUGCACAGCGCAAGGGUCAAGUUCCGUCGACUCCAGGUGGACCACCAUCCUCACUGGCUCCCACCGCCGUUGCCUCAACCCAGCUUACUCCGGGACUUUCUUCUGUGUCCAUGAACACCCCCACGGGCGUGCUGACAACUGCGCCCACCGACACAGUUAUGACAGACUCUCCAACGGCCAAUCUUGCAUCCGUCGCGCCUGAUCCCCCGGCUUCGACAGUUACUACAGACCCCUAA